AUUCUGCACUCAUGAAAUCUUUUGCAUUGGAGUACUCUGACUCUCUGGCGACUAUCUCUUCCUUAGACUCCCGUCUGUAAACCUGGCUCUCGGGGAGAGGCCAGCUCUUGCUAUGCCGCCUGUCGCAGAUCAUGAUCAUUUUGUCGCCGGAUCCGGCGGCAUCAUAGUCGUCUGACAUACUGAAUGGAAAGCUGUAGAAGCUUGCCCAUACAUGUACGCCAAGUUCCUUACGCAGAAGACCAACUGUCGGGGCUUUUGACCAUCACUAGAUAUAUAGCGCGGGGCUCUGACUUCUUUCAGUCUAAUCUUUCUUCCCCUUCUGGUGCUAAAUCCAUGUCUCUCCCUGCCCCUCGCAGUCACAGCGAAUCCGAGGCUCAGCCUUCGACCAAUGUCCACACAGACCCGUUUCGUCGGGAAUCUGCUGACUCUGCUCAGUCCUCGCCAGGAGGCAGGUCUACCAGUUCCCCGUACUCACUGUCCUUCGACGAUACCGUGAUCCCGUCUUCGCACGCGCGCCGUACCCUAGUUCUGUGCUUCGACGGAACAGGAGAUCAGUUCGAUGCGGAUAACUCCAACAUCGUCUCGUUCUUCUCAAUGUUGAAGAAGGAUGAUCGCAGCCAGCAGAUGGUAUACUAUCAGGCUGGGAUCGGUACUUACACCUCCCCUCAGAUCGCCACGCCAUUCAUGGCGAAACUUGCUAAAAUUGUCGACAUGGCGGUUGCCAAAUAUCUUGAUGCUCAUGUCAUGGGUGGAUAUGAAUUUUUGAUGCAGAACUAUCAAGCAGAGGACAAGAUCUGUAUAUUUGGCUUCUCUCGAGGUGCAUACACCGCACGCGCUUUGGCAGGGAUGAUCCACAAAGUUGGAAUACUACCAGCAUGCAAUCAUCAGCAAGUCCCAUUUGCUUACAAAAUGUUCGCCCGGGACAACGAGGAGGGUUGGAAGCAGAGCAAUGCGUUCAAGAAGGCUUUCUCGGUAGAUGUUGAGAUCGAAUUCCUCGGCGUGUGGGAUACUGUCUCGUCUGUGGGUCUGAUCCCCAAGAGACUCCCAUUCACUAAGUCAAACACGGCUGUCCGCUAUUUCCGGCAUGCUAUCUCCCUCGACGAGCACCGAGCCAAGUUCAAAGCGAACCACUGGCAUCUCUCUCCACCUCAUGAGCAUAAGCUAGGUACUAAGCGUGGAGACAUGCCACGAUCUAACCAGCACCAUCCUCAUCGUCAUCACCACGACGGCAAGAUGUCUUCGCGGCAUCUAGAACGCGAAUACGAUGAUCGUAUCACUGAAACGGAUGUACUCGAAGUAUGGUUCGCUGGCUGUCACUGUGAUAUCGGGGGCGGAUCCGUGGAUAACGAUACACGUCAUUGUCUAGCGCGAAUCCCCCUGCGAUGGAUGAUUCGUCAAUGUUUUCUCGCUGACACGGGCAUUCAAUUUCACCGCGGUGGCUUCAGAGGGACCGGACUUGACCCAGACACACUUUACCCCCUUGUGCGGCCACGUCCUCCUCCCGUAGUUUUGUCCUCUGCUGCUCCUUCUGGACAAGGCAAAGAUGCCAAAAGCCCAAGCAAGCACGUUCUGUUGCCGACAGACGGCACACUCGUUGACAGCCCUCAAUCUUCUGUGCUGUCGGAGGAAGAGGAAGAUCUACACGACGCCCUUAGUCCGAUCUAUGACCAGCUGAAGCUUGCCAAAUGGUGGUGGAUCCUCGAGAUAAUACCGUUCCAGACGAGGGUACAGAAGGAAGAUCGAUCUUGGGCUUCGACGUUUUCGGUCAACCUCGGCCGCGGGCGAAAGAUACUGAAACAGCACUCGGCGGGAUUCAACGUUCACAGGACCGUGAAAAUUCGGAUGGAAGCGGAGGCGAAGGUUGGCAAAUACAUUCCCAAGGCGAAGUUCAAGGUGGAGCCGAACUGGGUCGAUUGAUAUAGGUCGAGCAGCUGUUGUUUUGCUUUCCACCCGCUCUGCAGUCCACCGGAGUGUUGAGGUACUGAGUAAUCUAUCUUGGAGCUUUUCCCUACCUGUAACAAUCGUAUCAUACAUGUAUGGCCCGUUGUGGCCCACCUCAUUCUAGG